AAUCUACCGUAUAAUAUAAUCGAAAGGUGCAAAAACGAUACGUACACGUGCGAAUAUCUAAAAUGACGUUUUGAAAUUGCCGAGGGGUCUCAGCCGAUGGCGCGAAACCGAACACAAUCGAGCAGGAACGGAAUUAGCCGAAGGCGCAUUCGAAGUGUAUUGUUUCACGUCGGUGGAUGUGCGUGCAAAUAUGCGUAAAUUUGUGAUUUUUCGCGUGUGCGGGACGAGAAAACUUGCGAGAUUCUGACUCAAAACUAUUCCUGGACUACUCCUCGCCACGAGACGUUAGUGAGAAGUUGGAAUAAGAAUGUAUACAUGAGUGUACCGUGACAUUUCGGAAUCACGAAUUAGCCCCGUCACCGAUUAGGAAAAAGUCGAGUAUAAAAGAGAGUGAAAUUAGUCGAAGACGCGGAUUUCGCGCCAGUUAACGCGUGCAUUUGAAAUCGAAUUUCGCCAGUGUAUAAAUUUGGAAGUGUGGAAUUAUUCGAGAAACAAUAUUCUGCGAACUAACGAAGAUAAUCUUUCCAUGCUGACAGAUGAGACUACUGAUAUCCAGCGCUGACACGGACACAAAACGUGAUCCAGUGUAAUGCUUGCAGUAUUAUGAAUCGGCGCAUGCGCGGCUACGUCAGAGGAAGAAUUUUCAGUGAGUACUGAGCACUCUUCGUCAACAUGGCGGAUAGCGACUUACUCGUUACGAUCUCGGGCGCGGCACUUUCGCUGCUCUUCUUCGAGAAUGUCCGCAGUGUCGGCAAUCAGAUGGGCUUCCUUCUCGGGGAGGCGCUCGAAUUCAUUGUCAAGACUUACACCGACUCGGACAAUCAAGUGGAGACCGUCAAAAUUCAUAUUAAUGUAGAGGCCAUUGUAACAUGUCCUUUGGCUGAUCUUUUACAUGACUCCACUAAUCAUAUCAAUAAGGAGAAAUUGAAGGAUUUUGUGCGUGAUAAAAGCAAACAAGUGAUUGGUUGGUUCUGUUUUCGCAGAAAUACUACCAAUUUAACUCUUACAUUAAAGGAUAAGCUUCUGCAUAAACAGUUUGCCUCACAUUUCUCUGGUGUAAAUGGCUGUAAGGAGGAUUUCUUUCUCACCUGCCUUCUCAAUGCCUCUACUUCUGAAACAUCUGGCACUCACAAGUUUCGACAUGUGUUCCUGAGGCAUAAUAAACGAGGGAUGUUUGAACCGAUAUCUUUAAAAAUAAACAAUCUGGGAGAUGAUGCAUCCAGGCAUGAUGGUUCAGAUUAUAAACCGACACCUGUCAGAAAGUCUACACGCACACCUGAUAGCUUUACUAAAUUAAUAGAAUCAUUGAAUUUGGAUGUGGCGAGGAUAGAUGGAUUAGAUUCUGCCAUGCUAAUUCAAAAGGCUGCUGAACAUCACUUGAUGUCACUGAUUCCAAAAGUAUGCGAAUCCGAUCUGGAGGUAGCCGAAUUAGAAAAGCAAGUACACGAAUUAAAAAUCAAAAUCGCAACACAACAAUUAGCCAAAAGGUUGAAAAUCAAUGGAGAAAACUGCGAUAGGAUCUCCAAGGCAAGUAAGGAUAAUUGCUUUUCGGAGAAAAUCGAUUCUUCGAAGAAAAAUGAAGUGAGGAUCGGCGAUGACGCGUGUCUCCAAAGAGAACAUAUUCCAUCUUGUACUCAAUCAGUUGGUCCCAAUAAUCGAACGGUUUGCCGUAAUACCGCCGCCUGCAUCGCUAAAAGCGCGGAAAAAUCUCGCCGAGCGGGGCGUAGUAAUUUGCAAGAAAGUGGUAACCAACAACAAGAAACGCAGAAUUUCUUCACCAAUAGCAGACGUUCUAUUCCGGAAAUUGCCACAGAAUCCAUUUGCCAAGAAGGCAGUGAGAUAAGCAUGGGUAGAGGUAGGGGUAGCGGUCGAGGCAGUCACGAAUUCACACCAGGCAUGAAAAAAAUACGUCGUACUCCAGGCACAUCUCACAUGCAUUCCUCCCGGGAAAGAAGCACUACACCUCCAGAACAGGAUUUUUCUGAUGCAGAAUGUCCUAUUAGUUCUCCUGUUCUCAGGUCUUACAGUCAGGUGACAAAAAAAACAAAUCUGGAUAAGUGCAAUUCAAUGGCGCCAUUGGACAUUUGAGUAGAGAAAUUAAACCUCAGAGAAAUACUUCAGAUUCUCUUUAACUUCAGAUAUUUAAAAAUUUGAGAUUUUAAAGAUUUUUGAAAAAAAAGAAAGUUCUAAUGUUAUAAAAAACACAACAUUGAAGAAAAUUGAAG